CCCCCGACCCCGAUCCCAAACCCCUGCCAUCCUUUCCCGAAGUGCGGAGCCGCCACUCCCCACCCCGCGGACCAUUUGGAAAACCUAGAUCCAAAUCCUCGCCGCCGGCCAUGGCGACCCGCCGGGCCAUCUCAUCCAUCGUGCGUUCCGCUUCCCGCAUCCGUGCCGCCUCCCCGUCCCCGUUACCCCGCGCGCCGCUCCACCGCCCGUCCCCCGCCGGGUUCCUUCUCAACCGCGCCGCCGCCUACGCGACCUCCGCCGCGGCGCAGGCUGCUCCCGCCACGCCGCCCCCCACCUCCGCUAAGCACACUGGUGGUAAGAUUACAGAUGAGUUCACCGGCGCCGGCUCGGUGGGGCAGGUUUGCCAGGUGAUUGGCGCUGUGGUCGACGUGCGGUUCGACGAGGGGCUCCCGCCUAUCCUAACGGCGCUGGAGGUGCUCGACAACAGUAUCCGCCUUGUGCUCGAGGUGGCGCAACAUCUCGGGGAGAACGUGGUCCGCACCAUCGCUAUGGACGGGACGGAAGGGCUCGUCCGCGGUCAGCGCGUGCUCAACACCGGCUCUCCCAUCACUGUCCCUGUUGGUAGGGCAACUCUUGGGCGUAUUAUAAAUGUUAUUGGUGAGCCAAUCGAUGAGAGGGGAGAUAUAAAGACAAACCAUUUCCUACCUAUCCAUCGUGAAGCCCCUGCUUUUGUUGAGCAAGCUACUGAGCAACAAAUCCUUGUUACUGGAAUUAAGGUUGUGGAUUUGCUUGCACCCUAUCAAAGAGGUGGUAAAAUUGGUCUCUUUGGUGGUGCAGGGGUGGGCAAAACUGUCCUUAUUAUGGAGUUGAUCAACAACGUUGCCAAGGCCCAUGGUGGUUUCUCUGUCUUUGCUGGUGUUGGAGAACGUACUCGUGAGGGUAACGACUUGUAUAGGGAAAUGAUUGAGAGUGGUGUGAUUAAGCUUGGUGACAAGCAGAGUGAGAGCAAGUGUGCUCUUGUCUACGGGCAAAUGAAUGAGCCCCCUGGUGCUCGUGCCCGUGUUGGACUGACUGGUUUAACUGUUGCUGAGCACUUCCGUGAUGCUGAAGGACAGGAUGUGCUUCUCUUCAUUGAUAACAUUUUCCGUUUCACUCAGGCAAACUCUGAGGUGUCUGCCCUGCUUGGACGUAUUCCAUCUGCUGUGGGAUACCAACCAACCCUUGCUACUGAUCUGGGAGGACUACAGGAACGGAUUACCACCACCAAAAAGGGUUCCAUUACAUCUGUGCAAGCUAUUUAUGUGCCUGCUGAUGACUUGACAGAUCCUGCACCUGCUACAACUUUCGCUCAUCUUGAUGCUACUACUGUGCUCUCACGACAGAUUUCUGAGCUUGGUAUUUAUCCUGCUGUCGAUCCUUUGGACUCCACAUCCAGAAUGUUGUCUCCCCACGUUCUUGGUGAGGAGCACUACAACACUGCUCGUGGUGUCCAGAAGGUUCUCCAGAAUUACAAGAAUCUUCAAGAUAUUAUUGCCAUUUUGGGAAUGGAUGAGCUCAGUGAGGAUGAUAAGUUAACAGUUGCUCGCGCUAGGAAAAUUCAGCGGUUCCUUAGCCAGCCUUUUCAUGUUGCUGAAGUGUUCACAGGUGCACCUGGAAAGUAUGUUGAACUAAAGGAGAGUGUUCAAAGUUUCCAGGGUGUAUUGGAUGGCAAGUACGAUGAUCUUUCUGAGCAGUCAUUUUACAUGGUUGGUGGAAUAGAUGAGGUCAUUGCCAAGGCAGAGAAGAUCGCCAAGGAGAAUGCGUAGAAAUCUCCUCACAUUUUAACUUUUUGUGGUCAACCUGUUGUGCCUUUUAUUUUAUGUUAGCCAGGAUGUACUUACAGGCAGGAGGCCCGGCCCUGCUGAUGGAUGUUUUCACCCCUCCACUUUUUCCCGAAUAAGGACUUGCAGUGACCUAUUUGUUUGGCUUACUGCCCUUCAAGGAAGAAUUGAGUUCUCUUUUUUGUGUGACCCAUGAGCGGCGAGGCCGUUAACCUGUUACUUCUCAUUAAAAAAAAACUGAAAUAUUUGUCUUCGAUA